AUGCUCCUGUCCUGGGUAACCUCGAGCAGCCUGUUCUGGAGUGUGCCUGCCGGAGUGCUGUUCGGGGUGUAUAGCAUCGUCUACCAGCUCUGUUGGUCGUCUCUGAGGCGCUUUCCCGGUCCCAAGCUGUGGGCCAUUUCCCGCAUUCCUUCGCAGCUCUCGGUCCUGCGCGGUCAUACUCACCUGGACGUGACCGCCCUCCAUCACCGGUACGGCCCCGUCGUACGCAUCAGCCCUAACGAACUCGCCUUCAACACCACGCAGGCAUUCCGCGAUAUCUACGGUGCUCGUCCUGGCGGCUGCUUUGCCAAGGACCGCAGCCACUACUUGCCUCCCGCCAAUGGAGUCGACCACCUCGUCUGUGCGGUCGACAAUGCUGUACAUGCUCGCCAGCGGCGACUAUUGGCACACGCCUUCUCGGAACGGGCCUUGAGAGACCAAGAGAGUCUGGUUGUGGGAUAUGUCGACACGCUGAUCAACAAGCUGCGAAAUGAGAUCACCAAGCAAGACUCUCCCCACCUGGAUAUCAAGAAUUGGAUGAAUUACACCACGUUCGACAUCACGGGCGACUUGAUGUUUGGGGAGUCCUUUGACUGCCUGAAGGACAGCCAGCUGCACCCGUGGAUCAAACUGAUCUUCAGCUCCAUCAAGGCCCUCUCCAUCAAUGGAGUUGUGCAUCAAUUCCCCCUGCUCAGUGCUCUGCUCGACGCCCUCGUCCCGCACGAAGUCAAGCGCAAGGCCCAGGAACACUUCAACCUCGCCGCCCAAAAGGUCGACUGGCGCUUGGCAACAAACAUGGCUCGCACGGAUUUCAUGUCUGCAAUUCUGCAAAAUGGAUUAAGUGAGACCAAUGGUCAGUAUCGAGACGGCGAGCGAAUUAUGAGCAGGGCCGAGAUCCAUUCCAACGCUUUUAUGUCCGUCCUCUUCCUUUCCUUUCCUUUCCUUUCCUUUCCUUUCCUUUCCUUUCCUUUCCUUUCCUUUCCUUUCCUUUCCUCUUCUUCAGGCCUGCUGACCUAUUUCACUGCCAUUAGUCUCAUCGUGGCCGGCAGCGAAACAGCCGCAACCCUCCUAACAGGCUGCAUCUACUACCUCUCGGCGAAUCCAGCUGUCAUGAGCCGGCUCGUCACUGAGAUCCGCUCCGCCUUCGCCAAGGACUCAGAUAUCUCGUUCCGCACCAUCGCCAGCCUACCCUAUCUAACAGCCGUCAUCGAAGAGUCGCUGCGGUUGUACCCACCGUUCGUGACGAGCCUAGCACGUAUUGUUCCUGCAGGCGGAGCGAUGAUCGAUGACCACUUCGUGCCAGAGGGUGUAUGCACAGCUCCAGCCGUAUAUAAAGACCUGAUUUCUAACUCUUUUGUUUCCGAUUCGGAAUUGUAG